UCCACAUUGCUCUUAUUUUCGAAGGUACUUCCACAUCAACAAGUUCCACCACGACAUCAACAAGAACAACAUCAACCAGCACAACCAAGACAUCAAAAAGAACAACAACAACAACAACAAGGUGAAACAUUAAUUGAAUCAAUGAAUUAUACAAUUGAUCCAGAAGGUGCUAUUGUUGAAGAUGAUGAUGAUGUACAUCAAUCAUCAUCAACGACACCUAAUAAUAGAAAUAGUGUUCGGGCAAAUAGUCAUAGUCCAGGUACUGUAACGCUCAAUCCAAAUGAUAUUUCAUCAUUAUCAUCACCUACAUCAACAUCAUCACC